AUGGCUAAACUCAUGAAAUGGGCCAUGAAGCCGUUUCGGAGGGUCCCGUGCCCUCCCAUGCGCUUCCCCACCAGCGGUUUCAACAUUGUCCCUUCAUCGGAAAUAUUCGAGGAGGAACGGUUCGAGCAUAUUGGAAAUGGUCGAUACUAUCCUGCUAAUAUUGGCGACGUGCUUAAUGCCAAUUCAUGGCAGCCUGGUCAUGCUCAUAUACGAAAAGCACUGGAUAUCUUCACAAUUCCCCGUUCGGGCGGUGACCAUCCAUAUUUACUUCAUCGCAACCCCACUCAUCGAUUCAGCGAGGAUCUAUUCAAAGCUGGCCUUUUGCAGAUUCUUCAGGCACUUGACUACCUGCAUACCGAAUGCAAGCUUGUACACACUGACAUUAAAAGCGACAACAUUCUCCAAGAUAUAGAGGACAAGUCUAUUCUGAAAAGCUUUGCCCAGGCUGAGUUGACGAACCCCUCACCUCGCAAGUUCGUUAACGGCUUACCGGUCUACGCUUCCCGACGUUUCGACUUGCCAAAAGUGUUCGGACGGGCAGUGCUGAGUGAUUUCGGCUCAGCCGUACGAGAAGAUGAGAAGCGAAAUCACGAUGCGCAGCCUAAUGUUUAUAGAUCGCCGGAAGUGAUGCUCAAGACUGAUUGGAGUUAUUUGGUUGAUAUAUGGAACGUCGGGGCUAUGGUGUGGGAUUUGUUUGAGGGGAGACAUAUGUUUUGCGGUGAUGACCCUAACGGCAAGGGAUACUCGAUGCGGGCGCAUCUGGCAGAGGUUAUGGGUCUUCGGGGGCCGCCUCCUCUGGAUAUGCUCAGGCGUGGGAAACGAAGUCAUGAAUUCUUCACUGAAGAUGACAUAGUGAUCCCGACGGGUGUCAGUCUGGAGCAGUCGGAACAGUUCCUUGAAGGAAGGAAUAAAGAGAUGUUCUUGGUUCGCAUGAGAGGGAUGCUCCAGUGGCGGCCUGAGAUUAGGAAAACAGCGAAGGAAAUACUCCAGGGUCCGUGGCUGGAUGAUCAGGCAGAGUAG